UGUUCAGUUUACCUACUAAUUCAUCAUGUCUGGUCGCGGCAAAGGUGGUAAAGUAAAGGGAAAGUCAAAGACCCGUUCGAGCAGGGCCGGACUCCAGUUCCCCGUCGGUCGUAUCCAUCGUAUGCUCCGUAAAGGUUCAUACGCCGAACGUGUCGGUGCCGGUGCCCCCGUGUACUUGGCCGCCGUCAUGGAGUACUUGGCCGCUGAAGUCCUCGAGUUAGCCGGUAACGCCGCUCGUGACAACAAGAAGACCCGUAUCAUCCCCCGUCACUUGCAGUUGGCCAUCCGUAACGACGAAGAGUUGAACAAACUUCUCUCCGGAGUUACCAUCGCUCAAGGUGGAGUCCUUCCUAACAUCCAGGCUGUUCUCUUGCCUAAGAAGACUGACAAGCCAGCCAAAGCUUAAGGAUGAACGCAUGUGUCUUACUAAAUCGGCCCUUUUUAGGGCCACCAAAUAUUUUUUGGAAAGGACUCGCAGAACUCGUAAAUUUUAGACAUUUCGGUUAACAUUUGACUAACUUCCCUGCUGAUGGAUUCCUUUGUGAUGCAUGCACAUUAAGAAAUGUUUCAUUUAAACAGCAUGAAAAAGUGACUAGUUUAACAAACCUGCAAAGCAAUCGUAUUGAUUGUCACAGAUAUGUUAAAUAUAAUUCUAAAUGCCUUUGAUUGAAACGUAUGAAACUUUGUACAAACUCCAAUGAGUAUUUUCUCAUUCUGCCUAUGCAAAAUAGACAUUUGAAGUUCGCUGAAUUCAUUUUAUGAAAAGGAUCA